CAACAGCGACGAUACAUAAGCACUUGGACUCUCAACUCUCCAACCUAGACACAUACAUUUUAGACACGCACACCAUGGCAGGCGACUCAUCACGACCCAAACUCUACAUUCUCGACUAUGGAGCCGGCAACGUCCGGAGUCUGGCCAACUCGAUCACCAAGCUCGGCUUCGACUUUGAGUGGAUCAAGGACGAGUCCGACUUUGACAAGGCCGACAAACUCGUGUUCCCCGGCGUCGGCUCGUUCUACAAGGCCGCCCACGGCCUCGAGGAGAUUGGCAUGGCGGCCCCAUUGAAACGCUACAUUCAGUCGGGCAAGCCCUACUUUGGCAUCUGCAUCGGCAUGCAGGUGCUGUUCGAGUCGUCCGAGGAGACGGAGGGCGCCAAGGGCCUCGGCAUCAUCCCGUACCCCAUCUCCAAGUUUGACGCCAACGACGCCGGCCACGGCAAGAAGAGCGUGCCGCACAUGGGCUGGAACGGCGCGUGGCGCGCCACGGCCCCCGCGGCCGACGAGCAGUCGCUCCUCCUCCCCAACGAGGACUACUACUUUGUCCACUCGUUCGCCGCGCUCCGGGGCAAGGGCGACGAGUCCGAGCUGCUCAAGUACGCGUACACGCUGUCGCGGUACGGCAACGAGACGUUUGUCUCGUCCAUCCGGAGGGGCAACGUCUUUGCGACGCAGUUCCACCCCGAAAAGUCUGGACCCGCCGGGCUCGACCUCCUCCGCAGGUGGCUCGAGGCGCCCGUCGCCGCCGUGUCGUCCGCGCCGCACCCGCUCCCUGCCGUCCCCGCGCCGCAGCUGAUUGCGGCCGACCCCCGCCCGGCCCGCGCGCAGGGCACCGGCCUCACGUCGCGCAUUGUCGCGUGCCUCGACGUGCGCUCCAACGACCAGGGCGACCUCGUCGUCACCAAGGGCGACCAGUACGACGUGCGCGAGAAGGAAGACGGCGGCAACGUGCGCAACCUCGGCAAGCCCGUCUCCCUCGCCAGCAAGUACUACCAGGCGGGUGCGGACGAGGUGUGCUUUUUGAACAUUACGUCGUUCCGCUCGUCGGCGCUGCAGGACCAGCCGAUGCUCGAUGUCGUCCGCGCGUCGGCCGAGACCGUCUUUGUGCCCCUUACUGUUGGCGGCGGGAUCAAGGACACGGUCGACCCGGACGGCACGGCGCGCUCGGCGCUCGAGGUCGCCGGCGCGUACUUCCGCGCCGGGGCGGACAAGGUGUCGAUCGGCUCCGAGGCCGUCAUCAACGUGCAGGACCUGCUCGAGCGCGAGGCGCGCGGCGAGCCCGCGCUCACUGGCAAGACGGGCAUCGAGACCAUCUCCAAGGCGUACGGCGCGCAGGCUGUCGUCGUGUCGUUUGACCCCAAGCGCGUGUACUACGACACGACGGUGCCCAACUGGAUCGAGCAGGUGCCCGAGGCGCACCGCGCGUGUCUUGUUACCGGCGAGACGUCGACCACGAGGACCAAGCCAGAGGAGCAGGGCAAGGCGUGGUGGUACCAGUCUACCAUUUCCGGCGGCCGCGACGUCCGUGACAUCGACGUGAUCCAGCUCGCCAAGGGCGUCGAGCGUCUCGGCGCCGGAGAGCUGCUCAUCAACUCGGUCGACCGCGACGGAUCGGGCAAGGGCUUUGACCUUGAUCUCAUCAGGUUGAUCCGUGACGCCGUGUCCAUCCCUGUGGUUGCUAGCUCGGGUGCUGGGUCGCCUGGCGACUUUGAGGAGGUCUUUGUCAAGACUGGCGCCGAGGCCGCCCUUGCCGCUGGCAUCUUCCACCGCGACGAGGUGGGCAUUGACGACGUCAAGGCGUCGCUCGAGAAGGACGGUCUGCCCGUCCGCCGCACCGCCCUCGCUGUUUAGAGUGCAGCGCAACAUAAUGUAGAUUUUGGGUAUCAAUGCAUGC